UUAGUCUUCAGUUAAUGGUCGUAUUAAGCCGCAGAUUAACAAUGGGAUGUCUUUCCUCCUCUCUCAGCGUACAGAUGUGAACCGGGACUUACACUAAUGCAUAGUGUUAGCCAUCUGUGGAAGAACUGUCAUGUGGGAUUUGGAAGGGUAUGAAGGAAGUGGAUGGUAAGCAGGAGUGUCACAUCAGAGCCUCUCUACUUUGGAGGAGGCACUUAGCUGUGCCGGACUCUGCUGAGGCCAAUGAUGAAGUCCCAGACAGGCGCCACAGCGUUACUGCUGCCAAUCGCCUUGUGUCUUGGCUUGGUCCACAUCUGUAAUGGAGCAGCUAUUUCAAUUUCAUGUGGGUCCAUCUACAAGAGUUUUGCUCAGUGUUUACUGACACUCGGGGACAGUUUGGUGGACACACAAAAAGAUCAGGACAUGCAGGACAUUGAUGCAAUCUGCAGGUCUUGGAAUGACUUCCAUGUUUGUGCCAACACAGCCAUGUCUGGCUGCCCCAGAGAAGCAGCAGCAGUGUGGGAGUCCCUAAGACAAGAGUCCAGGAAGGCCCAGUUCUCUGGAAACCUCUAUGACAUGUGUGCCAGCCUCACCACCCUGGCUCCCAGCACCGUGCCUGCACCCCUGACCCCUCCCACCUCAGAACAGACCAAUCAGGAAACACUAAAGGGUCGAACGUACCAAUGGCGCCCUGACCUCACUAUGACGCUCUUUCCAAUAUGUAGCACUUUGUUAAUGCAGCUCAGGCUCUAGUUAAGUCUUAAUCAUUUGUACUCAUGUUUGCUCAGAGACAUUUGUUUUGUUUGUUUGCACUUGUUUAUUUUAUUCUUGCAUAUAUUAUUACUUUGUUUAUGCCACGAGUGUUGACAGAAAUGCAUCUUUAACAAGAUAAAGAGGAUUAUAGCUUUAUUUUCAUUUCAUUUUUCAAUCACACAGUUGAUCUAGACCAGGGGUGGGCAAUUAAUUUUUACCGGGGGCCGCAUGAGCAACCCGAGCACUGCUGCAGGGCCACAUCGACAAUAUUUCAAUUAAAUUUUGCUCAAUAUUAUUUUUGAUAUAUACCGUAAGAUAAAUAAUUAUAAUUAAUAAUAAUAGUAAUACUUCAACAUAGUGUGUGUAACAGCAUUCCAUGACUAAUAUAAUAAAAUUAACAUUAAAAAUAAAUGACAGUAAAAUAAGCACACAUAUGACUGAGGAGUCAUAGUGUAACUUUGUGUGGUGUUUGAGUUAUCCGACUUUUUGUGUGGCCGUAAACGCACCAGUGGUUUAGUGCUAUGCGUGUUGGUGACAGAUGACAAGUUGGUUUUG